UACGACGUGUUACUAAAAAGACUGUGCUCUUAGUUGUAAUAUAAACUUUGUUAUUUAGCAGUCAUUUUCCUUCACACAACGAAAAGAUGGAUUAUUGUGAUGUUUACGUAAUGUUAAUAUGAUAUGUAAUGAAAAAUAUAAAAUCUAUGUAAAACAGAUAUAUACCAGGAAAUAUAUUCAAAAUUCUUAAAGAAUUAUUAAAGAUGGGUUCUGGUCAGAGUACUCGCAAAUUGACUAUAUCCAAUGAAGAAGAAAUAGGAGUGAUCAAAGUAUCUAAUGCAGUUGUAGAACGAUUAGCUCAAGGAUGUAACAAAGUUCCCACUGACACUAUUAAGGAUGUAAGCUCAUUUACUCCAACACAAUCAGCUAAUCCUACAGUUCCUCUAUCAUCAUCACAAACGGGAAAUGUACCGUCUGGAUAUCCAGUAUACUAUUAUCCAGAAUUAACAUUAUCUGCUCUUGAAAUACAGAAUCAGAAAGAACAAGAACUUCAAGUUCAAAAUCAGUAUUGGCAGAGACGCUUGCAAGACAUGGAAAAAAAGCAUUUAUUGAUAGAUCGCAUUUUAGAAGAAGAAUAUAAAAAAACUAUUGAUGAAUUUUCUUCUGGUAAAGUAAUAGGACAAAAAAUGGAAGAUAAUCUCAGCGACGAACAACUAUGUACUGCAGGAAAAGAAAAAAUAAUAAAAUGUUAUCAAGAGAAUCCUAAGGAAAUACUUAACUGUUCAGAUUUAGUAGAAGAAUUUUCUAACUGUGUGGAUCAACGUAGAGUAAAUUUAAUUACAACACGUUGUUAACACAGUAAAUUCUGUUAUUAGUUGUUUAAUAAAUUAUUGUGCUUUUGUAGAAUUUCCUGUUUUAUGAACAAUAAAUUACACUAUUCAUAAAUUCA